AGGAGAAGCAGCUGGAACUGACCCUGGAGGCACUCAUCAGUCAGGUGGCUGACCUGAAGAACUCCUUGGUCAGUUUUAUCUACAAGCUGGAGAAUGAGUAUGACCGACUCACAUGGCCUUCAGUUCUGGACAGUUUUGCACUGCUUUCAGGGCAGCUGAACACCUUGAAUAAAGUACUAAAGCAUGAGAAGACCCCACUUUUGCGAAACCAGGUUAUCAUACCCCUUGUGCUGUCUCCAGACCGCGAUGAGGAGAUCAUGCGGCAGACAGAGGGGCGUGUGCCGGUGUUCAGCCAUGAGGUAGUGCCUGACCAUCUUCGGACUAAGCCUGACCCUGAGGUGGAGGAGCAGGAGAAGCAGCUUAUCACAGAUGCAGCUCGAAUUAGCCCUGAUGUGGCACAGAAACAGAUCCAAAGUCUGAACAAAAUGUGCUCAAAUCUGCUGGAGAAAAUCAGUAAGGAGGAGCGCGAGUCUGAGAGUGGAGGUUUACGACAGAACAAGCAGACUUUCAACCCUGCAGAUACCAAUGCCCUGGUAGCAGCUGUGGCCUUUGGGAAGGGAUUGUCAAAUCGGCGACCCCCUGGCUCUGGAGGAUCUGUCCAGUCAGGUCAACCAGGAGCUGGUGCCAUCAUUGCAGGUGCUUCAGGCAUGCAGCAAGUCCCAAUGUCAGGUGCACCAACUCAGCAGCAGCCAAUGCUGGCAGGAGUGCAGAUGACACAAGCAGGACAACCAGGAAAAAUGCCUAGUGGCAUAAAAACAAACAUCAAAUCUGCCUCAAUGCAUCCCUAUCAGAGAUGAGGUGAGAGGAACCAGACCCCAGGAACAGCAGUUACCAGCAUUGUUCCUGCUGCAGCCACCAAAUCAUGGAUUCCUUCUAGGACUUCCAAGUCCUUUCACACACACCAUAGCCAGGCAGCCAGGGAUUACAGGCCCUUCACUGGCUUUUAUUUAGCACUGGGUGGCUUGCGUGAAGCUGCUGGUGGCCAUGUUUCCUGGACACGAGUACUCCUCUGUUCAGUCAGAUCAGAGGACUUUACUUCUGAUAUUGACCCCAUCUUCUUCAUGUCUGGCCUGCAGAAUAGCCACCCUUUCCUGAUAGAGAACCUGAAGAGCUGCACAGAGCACUGUGCUCCUCGUUUCUGCUGGUUCAUUCAACAUGUUCUUUCUUUACUCCCUCUUGUUGAAUAAAGAGCUUGUUCUGCACAC